GCCUUCAAGGCACACAGGAGGAAACUGAAAGGAUCUGGGACCCAGACACCAUGCUGACCGAUGAGCCAUGGCUGGAAAGUGACAAAACCUAUAAUGCUGUCCACAGGUCUAAGAAGGGCAGAAAGCGCCAAGAGCUGCUAGCACUCGCCCUAGGGAUGAAGGUUGGGGGUAGGAGCGAAGUCCUGUGGCAACCUCUAAAACUCUUUGCCUAUUCGCAGAUCACUUCUCUGGUAAGAAGAGCAGCAAUAGCCAAAAAUGACAACCAUUUCAACUACGAGAAAGCACACAACUUCAAGGUUCACACAUUUCGGGGGCCACACUGGUGUGAAUACUGUGCCAAUUUCAUGUGGGGUCUCAUUGCUCAGGGAGUCCGAUGCUCAGACUGUGGGCUGAAUGUACAUAAGCAGUGUUCAAAAUAUGUUCCCAACGACUGUCAGCCAGACCUGAAGCGCAUAAAGAAAGUCUACAGCUGCGACCUGACCACCCUAGUGAAGGCUCACAAUACUCCCAGGCCUAUGGUUGUGGACAUGUGCAUCCAAGAGAUUGAAACAAGAGGUCUACAGUCAGAGGGUCUGUACAGAGUCUCCGGAUUUACUGAGCACAUUGAAGAUGUGAAAAUGUCCUUUGAUCGAGAUGGGGAUAGAGCUGAUAUCUCCAGUACUAGCUACCCCGACAUCAACAUCAUAACCGGAGCACUGAAACUCUACUUUAGGGACUUGCCAAUCCCAGUGAUUACCUAUGACACCUAUUCCAAAUUUGUAGAGGCAUCAAAAAUACCUGGUGCAGACGAGAGACUAGAGGCCAUACACAAUGCACUUAUGCUCCUGCCACCCGCACAUUUUGAGACUCUCAGGUUCCUGAUGAUCCACCUGAAGAAGGUUGCACUAAAUGUGAAGGAAAACUUGAUGGGAGCAGAAAACCUCGGGAUAGUGUUUGGUCCAACACUGAUGAGGCCUCCUGAAGAAAAUGCACUCACCUCUCUAAAUGACAUGAGGCACCAGAAGCAAAUCGUGCAGCUUUUAAUACAGAAUGAAGACGUUUUGUUCUGAGGAAAUGAAGGAACGUCACCUGCUCGGCUGGUGGCAAGAGGCGCGGAGAGAUAACGUUAACGGUUCACUCGCUGGACUUGGGUUUCUCAGCUGCACUGUGGAUACAAUAGAUGCCAAAAUGUAAAUGAUGACAUGUCUCAUAGACAUACCUAUUUAUCUCUUUCAAAUGAGGAAAAAGAAUUCUUGAGAGGAGGUCCGAACGAGUCUUUUGUUUGCCUUUAUUUGGCCUUUACUUAUUUUUUUAACGUCUUAUUAGUAAAGAAACUAUAUUUUUUUCAGCCCCAGAAUGAAAGUGAGGUUUGCUAAUAUUAUCCAUAUCUGCUCCCCUGUAUUUACCUGGACAAACCCUGUAUGGACUUCCAGUAGAGCCCUUAGUGACUAAUUCCUUGUUACCCUAUAAUAAGGCCAUGAACAAUAAUUGCACAGUAAUUGAUUCAUCAUUUUAUGGAGGGUUUUAGGAGAACACUGAAUCUAAAUGGAUUGUGACCCAAUCCCCCUGGCUCAUUUACUAACACUCAAAUGCAAAGUCGCUAUUCAUAGAGGCAGUUCUUCUGAAUUAGGUGCAGAAGUAACUCCAAAAUGCCCCCAGUUGUUGGGAAACUGCUACUAAACUGCAUUACAGGAAGGAGCACUGCAUUUUGGGUCACAAAAAUGGCAAUUUACAUGUUUUAACACUUUCCAAUUUACAUUAGGGUUUGUAAAGUAGCCCUACAAGGCAGGGACUCUGUGUAGAGUAUUUUUAUACAGUGUUAGAGCUACAUUAUAUCAGAUUAUAUGUCAAAUAGAAUUCCCCUGAAAACAAGUCAUGGGUUCAAGCUGUAUGUAUAGAAAUAGGUAUUUGAUUUGUUGGGGUAACCAGUUGUGAGCCAUAAAUGCUUGCUUAUUUGGUCGUCUAUUUCAUUGUGGGACAAUCCCUUUAUAAAAUUCAGUGUUUCCAUCAGUUUCUCAGAGAGAUGAUUUAUCAGCUCAUUGAACCACAUUUUUUAUUUACACAUUUCAGUAUUGUUAGCUUGCAGAGUACUCUUAUAUGGUGCAUCACAUUGCCCCCCCCCCCAAGGGCACAGGAUUUAUUUGUAUGAAAUGGAUCUUGUGUUUUCAAGCACCUUGAAGGUAUAACUAUGCCCCUCUUGUACAAAGCUUUCCUCCUCAUCGUUUUACCCCCCCCCCUACAAGUCCUUUUAUCCACAUUUUUAUCCACAGUGGUGGUGAUAUUCACUGCCCUAAAUGCAGAAACAAGGGUUAGUAGCAACACACCAAGCACAGGUAUGGGAUCUGUUAUCCGGAAAUCCAUUAUCCAGAAAGCUCCAAAUGACAUGAAUGCCAGAGACUCAAAAAUAAUCCAAAUUAUUAAAAAUGAUUUCCUUUUUCUCAGUAAUAAUAAAACAGUACCUUGUACUUGAUCCAAAUUAAGAUAUAAUUAAUCCUUAUUGGAAGCAAAACCAGCCUAUUGGGUUUAUUUAAUGUUUAUAUGAUUUUCUAGUAGACUUAUAGGGAUACUAUCAUGGGAAAAAAUGUUUUAUGUAAUUUUGAAAUCUGACAUAUUGUCAGUUUCUCAGGUGCCCCCCAGUCAUGUGAUUUUGUCAUGUGAUAAACUCCAGUCACAUUUCACUGCAAGCUGGAGUGAUAUCACCCCCCCCCCCCCUGCAGCCUAACAGCAGAACAAUGGGAAGGUAACCAGAUAACAGCUCCCUAACACAAGAUAACAGCUGCCUGGUAGAUCUAAGAACAGCACUCAAUAGUAAAAUCCAGGUCCCACUGCAACACAUUCAGUUACAUUGAGUAGGAAACAACAGCAGCCUGCCAGAAAGCAGUUCUAUCCUAAAGUGCCAGCUCUUUCUGAAAGCACAUGACCAGGCAAAAUGACCUGAGAUGCACCUACACACCAAUAUUACAACUAAAAAAAUACACUUAUUGGUUGAGGAAUACAAUUUUAUAUGGUAGAGUGAAUUAUUUGCAAUGUAAACAUUGUAAUUUAGAAAUAAAAACUACACCAUAAAAAUGUUGACAGAAUCUCUUUAAGGUAUGAAGAUCCAAAUUACUGAAAGAUCCAUUAUCUUUGAAAACCUCAGGUCCCGAGCAUUCUGUAUAACUGGUCCCAUACCUGUAACAUAAAUAUAAAAGGCAGAUAUGCCAAUAAGUGGCCCAGGCAGAGAGCAGGAGCCACAUUACUGAACAUUGCAGGAUUCACUGAUACACAUACCUACAUGAUUGUGACAUUAUUGUACUAUAGGGCACAAAGGAGGAUACAGUGAACUGCUGUAGGUGACCAUGAAUACCGUUACACUAGCACUUUUGUUGUUCCAGGAUGUGUCAAUAUUGUGUUUGUUGGUUUGUAGAACCCGUGCAUUUUAUAAGAUGUUGUGUCAUUUGUUCACCUUUAAUUUUUGCUGACUAAACAAAUGGUCAAACGCGUGGGGUUUUGUGCUUUGUUUUUAUGAGCCCGUCCUUUGCAGAAAAUAAAGAACUGCUGGUGAAA